GACGAAGCCGGAGCUCCAGGAUGCCGGGACGGUGAGCGCGCACCCGGAGCCCGUCCGCACCUGCCAGCCCCGGGCAGUGGUCGUCACUCAUGGACAUCUAAAAAUGGGAAGGAAGACUCUUCUCUCCCCUGGCAGUCCCAGAAGCAUCCAUGUCAGCGAGCGGAUAGCGAUCUCGUUUAUUUGGCCUUCUCUCCAGUCAUGCAUUCUUCCAGUCUUGGUAACCAGAAUGUUUUGUCUGUUCAGCCUCAAAAACGAUCAGUGGGACGGGAACCAGAGUUCAGUAUUUCAUGAUGCGUCAAAAUGAGCCUGGGAAAGCUGAGCUGCGGCCUGUAUGGCUUCUCUGAAUCCACUGGUACUUCUUUUCAUCUCUAGUUUUCAAAGUUCCCUGGAAGCAACCUGAUAGUCCACAAUCUGCUCUGAUCAGAGAUUGGGGGAGGGAGGGGAUUUUGAAGUGUUCAUUCCAUCGGGAGCCCAAAAUGCCAAAAACAUGAACCCCAGGUUGUCUCCCUUUGUGAUAUCCUGACGAUUAUCUAACAAACUUCAGCUUGUGUUCCUGGGGCCUGGGCUCUCUGCUGGAUGGACAAAGGUUCCAGAGCAGUGAGCCUAGUGGCGCUCACUGCCUCCAUAUUCUUCAGCCUCAUCCUGAGGUCUGUCCUCUGCUGCUUGGCUCUCACCCUCGAGAAGCAGAAGUGAUGACUUUGCUCUGGGGACCAAGCAAGCAGAAACCCUGAGUGCAGCUGUCUGUAGAGAGAGCGAGCCUCCUAGCAUGUCUCCACCCAACCAGUCAGUAGAAGGCCUUCUCCAGGAGGUCUCCAACAGAUCCCUGAACACGACGGGGACCCCAGAGGCUUGGGAUCCAGAGACCCUCCAGGUACUGAAGAUCUCCCUGGCCGUGGUCCUGUCCAUCGUCACCCUGGCCACUGUCCUCUCCAAUGCCUUUGUUCUGACCACCAUCUUGCUCACCAGGAAGCUCCACACUCCAGCCAAUUAUCUCAUUGGCUCCUUGGCCACCACCGACCUCCUGGUUUCCAUCUUGGUCAUGCCCAUCAGUAUUGCCUACACUACCACUCACACUUGGAACUUCGGCCAAAUCCUCUGUGACAUCUGGGUGUCUUCUGACAUGACGUGCUGCACAGCCUCCAUCCUGCAUCUCUGUGUCAUCGCUCUGGAUAGAUACUGGGCCAUCACAGACGCCCUGGAGUACAGCAAGCGCAGGACGGCAGGCCACGCAGCCUUGAUGAUCGCCGUGGUCUGGGUCAUCUCCAUCUGUAUCUCCAUCCCACCGCUCUUCUGGAGGCAGGCUAAGGCUCAGGAGGAGAUCUCAGACUGCCUGGUGAAUACUUCCCAGAUCUCCUACACCAUCUACUCCACCUGUGGGGCCUUCUACAUCCCAUCCCUCUUGCUCAUCAUCCUCUAUGGCCGAAUCUACGUAGUGGCCCGGAGCCGAAUCCUGAAUCCGCCCUCUCUCUAUGGGAAGCGCUUUACCACGGCCCAUCUCAUCACAGGCUCUGCGGGGUCUUCCCUCUGCUCACUCAAUCCCAGUCUCCACGAAGGCCACUCACACACAGCUGGCUCUCCUCUCUUUUUCAACCAUGUGAAAAUCAAGCUGGCUGAUAGCAUCCUGGAACGCAAGAGGAUCUCUGCUGCUCGGGAAAGGAAAGCCACGAAGACCCUGGGGAUCAUUCUGGGAGCUUUUAUCAUCUGCUGGCUGCCCUUCUUUGUGGCAUCCUUGGUCCUACCCAUCUGCAGGGACUCCUGCUGGAUCCACCCAGCUCUCUUUGACUUCUUUACUUGGCUAGGCUAUUUAAACUCCCUCAUCAAUCCUAUAAUCUAUACUGUGUUCAAUGAAGACUUCCGGCAAGCAUUUCAGAAGGUUGUUCAUUUCCGGAAAGCCUCUUAGUCUUAUUUUGUGGUGAAUCACUUUAUCUCUUGGGUCCUAUAACUCCAACUUGGAUUCUCUCUCUCUCUCUCUCUCUCUCUCCCCCUCUCCCCCCUCCCUCUCUU